CAAACAAUCAAUCAAUCCCCAAAAUGGCACGUACCAAGCAGACUGCCCGCAAGUCUACUGGAGGCAAGGCCCCCCGCAAGCAGUUGGCCACCAAGGCAGCUCGCAAGUCUGCCCCUGCUACAGGAGGUGUCAAGAAGCCCCAUCGUUACAGGCCCGGAACUGUCGCCCUUCGUGAGAUCCGUCGUUACCAGAAGAGCACUGAGCUCCUGAUCCGCAAGCUGCCCUUCCAGCGCCUGGUCCGUGAGAUUGCCCAGGACUUCAAGACUGAUCUCCGCUUCCAGUCCUCUGCUGUCAUGGCUCUGCAGGAGGCUUCCGAGGCUUACCUGGUUGGCCUGUUCGAGGACACCAACCUGUGUGCCAUCCAUGCCAAGAGAGUUACCAUCAUGCCCAAGGAUAUCCAGCUUGCUCGUCGUAUUCGCGGAGAGCGUGCCUAAGUUUUUGGUUGCUAGUUUGCUUGUCUCGUUGCAUACCAAAAUCGACCUCGGCCCUUUUCAGGGCC